GGAAAGCUCGAAUGACAUAAAGAAGGUACCAUUGUUGCGCCUCAAAACACACAAGACAAAUAGUGCGUCCCUUUGUUGAAGCCCUUACGGCGUGAUAACGUGACGCGGUGUUUUUCUGUGCAUCAGCGGUCUGUAUUCACAGUGGGGCACGCAUCUUUAGAAUCAGCACCGAGUACUAAAACCCGGCGAGAGCUCGCUGCGCUUCGCCGCAAAAAGUCGACGUCUCCAUUCUACCAUGGGAGAAUACUUACUGAUAACCCUAGCUGCACUGGGAGGCCUUAUAUCAGGCGCAGCUCCCGAGUGCUGGCCGAGGGACUAUGGCUUUGGCAGCCCGGUGUGCGUGUGUAACAUGACGCACUGCGACUUCAUCGGUGACGUAGGACCUCCGUCUAGAGGCAAAGUGGUUGCCUUCGAGAGCAACAAGGCCGGCCUCCGGUUCGCCCGAACCGUCUUGCCCCUGAAUUCAAUGAACUCGCCAGGAGACAAAAAUGAAGUCGAGGAUUUGACAAAAAAUCAACCCGCCAGAGAUAAUCGUGGUGCCGGAAACAGCACUGUGGUUCUUUCGAUAAACCAAGACGAAAAGUACCAGAGCAUAUUUGGUUUUGGAGGCGCCUUCACCGACGCCGUCGGAAUAAAUCUGAGAAACCUCCCACUCAAAAUGCAAGAUGACAUUAUCAAGUCCUACUAUUCAAAAGAAGGGCUAGAAUACUCCAUUGGCAGGAUCCCGAUGGCCAGUACUGACUUCUCAGUGCGAAAGUACACCUACGACGAUGUCCCCGGUGACUUCAAACUGCUCAACUUCACUCUCACCGAGGAAGAUCUUCAGCUUAAGAUUCCAUAUAUCAAAAGAGCAAUGUCUAUGUCGACCCAACCUAUAUGGCUCUAUGGAAGCCCCUGGAGCAGCCCCGCUUGGAUGAAGACCAGCAAACGUUUGGAGGGGCGAGGGUUUCUCAAAGAAAGAACGAGAGGUCUCUUCUACAAGACCUGGGCAAGAUACUUUGUCAGGUUUGUCCAAGAGUACGAGCGACAAGGGGUUCCCAUGUGGGGUCUGACGACGCAGAACGAGCCAACGACCGGCUUCAUACCAUUCUAUCCCCGGCAGACUAUGGGCUUCACACCCCAGACACAGAGGGACUUCAUCAAACUCGAUCUGGGGCCGGAGUUGACCAAGGCAGGCUAUGGCCCGGACAGGCUGAAACUCAUGAUUUUCGACGACAACCGAAUUGGAAUCCGGUACUGGGCAAACGUGGUUCUGGGUGACCAUGAAGCAGCCAAAUACGUCAGUGGAGUGGCUGUACAUUGGUACAAGAAUUGGCUAAUAGGACCGUGGGUCUUGGACAUGGUGCAUCAUAACUACCCAGGAAAGUUUAUCUUGCCUUCUGAGGCCUGCACAGGUUAUAGUAGUGGACCUCAUCACCAGGUGAUGCUGGGCAGCUGGAGUCGCGCUGAGGAGUACGCCACCGACAUACUCCAGAACCUAAAUCAUUGGUCUAGCGGCUGGACGGACUGGAACAUGGCUUUGGAUACUCAAGGCGGCCCCAACUGGGCUAGAAAUUUCGCUGACUCGCCCAUCAUAGUCAACGCUUCUGCUAAGGAGUUCUACAAGCAGCCAAUGUACUACGCCUUAGGACACUUCAGUAAGUUUCUCCCGCGAGGCAGUAUCAGGAUUGACUCGCGUCUUAAUCGAAGUUCAAAGAACCUCAGCUACGUAGCCUUCCUGACGCCAAAAUCGGAUGUCGUUGUGAUCGUACUCAACGGAGGCGAAGAAAGAAUCAUACUCGAAAUCAAAGACAAGUACGGUUCUGUAAACACCAGGAAAGUCAUCGGAGAACGCUCUAUAACAACGUUUAUCUGGCGAUUAUAGCUGUCACGCCUGCACUCAAGGGUGGCACUUUUUUUUUUCUUUUUGCCCACCCGAAGUAUUUUCUUUCCUCCCGUCAUGCCAGUGUAUAUUUCUCCCAUUUGCUGAAUAAAAAAUUUAUUCAAUACGACAGCAAAUGACAAUACGUAUUAGUAUAAAUUCUUCAUUUAAUACUAGAGCUGGCACGUCUGUCAUAGUAAACUGCGACUUAUAAAAGGAACGUAUAUGCUACCAAGGACAGACGGGGCAUAAGGUUUCUGACAAGGGAUCUUAUUAUCCUCUGAUACGUUAUACGUAGAGAAUUCAUUGACAGCAAAUAUAAAGCACAAAAAAGAAAGAAAAGUAAAUAAAGCGUACUACUGAGGUAAUUUCAUUCCUCCAACUAUUAGAGGAAGGCUUCUGGAGACAAUUGUCCAAAUACUGUACGCGCUGACAUGUACAGCUGUUGAAUAUUUCAAAAAUAUCCAACAGCUGUGCAUGCUGGAGCUUCUAUCUAAAACUUUUUGUUUAUAUUCUUUACUCCAGGCUCGCAAUGAGUGUGCGUUUUUGCAUUCAGUAGAUUCAAGGCUCGUAUUAGAAGAAGCUUUAUCUCAGGGCCAGCACCAACUUCCCCAUUCAAAUGCAUGCGAAA